GGAUGCUAGGCGGCUCCAGCCGGGGAGUGCAGGCUUCAGGAGGCCGGGGCCGUGACUAGCAAGUGCACCUUAUCCCAGCCUGGCUCUUCAAACUUCUCUGCGGCUUUAUUGCCUCAUCUGUACAACGGGACAGAACCGAAACUGCGGGCUGCGCCUUGACCCGGGCCGGUUUGACCAGGCAUAACUAUUAGGCUCUCGUGGUAGCUCUCCUAGCAGCCCGUAGUCCGAGGUCAGCGAGGAUUACUCCCUUCUUCCUCCACAUCUUCGCUAGUGUUCUAAAGAAGAUCACAUGAAAGGAUUAAGAGCCCCUGCCUUGAAAAGAAGGUUGCAGUGCAGCUUGAAGGUUUAUUUAUACUGUUCACCUGUUACUAAAGAGCUGUUGUUAACUAACCCGAAGUACAGAUUUUGGGAGAAACGAAUUAUAUCAAUUGAAGUUGAAACUCCUACCCAGAUAUCGUUAGUCGAUGAAGCGUCAGGUAAGAAGGAAGAGAUUGUUGUGACUCUCUUACCAGCUGGUCAUUGUCCAGGAUCAGUUAUGUUUUUAUUUCAGGGCAGUAACGGAACGGUCUUGUACACAGGAGACUUCCGAUUGGCACAGGGGGAAGCUGCCAGAAUGGAGCUUCUGCAUUCCGGGGGCAGAGUGAAAGACAUCCAGAGUGUAUACCUAGAUACUACUUUCUGCGAUCCGAAAUUCUAUCAGAUUCCCAGUCGAGAGGAGUGUCUGAGCGGAAUAUUGGAGCUGGUUCGAAGCUGGAUCACACGGAGUCCGCACCAUGUCGUGUGGCUGAACUGCAAGGCAGCUUACGGCUACGAGUAUCUGUUCACCCACCUGAGCGAAGAAUUUGGAGUCCAGGUUCAUGUGGACAAACUAGACAUGUUUAGGAACAUGCCCGACAUUCUUCACCACCUCACGACAGACCGGAGCACGCAGAUCCACGCCUGCCGCCAUCCGAAGGCAGAAGAAUAUUUUCAUUGGAAUAAAUUACCCUGUGGAAAUACUUCCAAAAAUAGAAUUCCACUCCACAUAAUCAGCAUUAAGCCAUCCACUAUGUGGUUCGGAGAAAGGACCAGAAAAGCAAGUGUAAUUGUGAGGACUGGAGAGAGUUCCUACAGAGCUUGUUUUUCUUUUCAUUCAUCCUACAGUGAGGUGAAAGACUUCUUGAGCUACAUCUCUCCUGUGAAUGUGUAUCCGAAUGUCAUUCCAAUAGGUGCAACUAUGGAUAAGGUUGUAGAAAUCUUAAAGCCUUUAUGCCGAUCUUCGCAAAGUACUGAGCCAAAGUAUAAACCCCUUGGAAAACUGAAGAGAGCUAGAAAAACUCACCUAGACUCAGAGGAAGAAGAUGAUCUCUUUGAUGAUCCUAUGCCAUUACCUUUAAGGCACAAGGUUCCAUACAAGCUAACUCUUCACCCUGAGGUCUAUCUACUGACUGCAGCUUCCCCAAACCAGCCUGAACACCGGAGACAAAGCACCGGGUACAAAGAGAGUAUGCAAACCUUUCCUCUGGCAAACUUUAUAGACUGUGAAGAAUCCAACAGCGAAGAUGAAGAAGAAUUACAGACACCAGCUUCAUCUCAAGAAGACCCGGGUGCUCUCACACAUCACCAGCAAAAGGCUGAUGUAGAAGUACCACAGUGGGAAGUGUUCUUUAAAAGAAAUGAUGAAAUCACAGAGGACAGUUUGGAAAAUCUCCCUUCUUCCACAGAGGCAGGUGGCUCUCAAUCACCAAAGAUUUUUAGCGACUCUGAUGGAGAGUCAACUCACAUCUCUUCCCAGACUUCUUCUCAGUCAACACACAUAUCUGAACAAGGGAGUCAAGGCUGGGACAGCCAAUCGGACACUGUUUUGUUAUCAUCCCAAGAGAGAAUCAGUGGGGAUAUUACCUUCUUGAACAAAGGUAGCUAUACACCAAGAAUCAAGGAGAAUAUUCCUGCCUCUCAGAUGGAACAAAAUGUACUUUGCCCAAAGGAUACUUACUCUGACUUGAAAAGCAGAGAACAAGAUGCCAAUAGAGUUCCUAGUGUUGGAGAACCCACAACCGUAAGCAGUGGGAAACACAUACCUCAGGAGGAAAGGCUGCUAAAUUUUAGCACCAAUGCAGAUUCCCAGAGCUCCUCCGAUUUUGAAAUUCCCUCCACACCAGAAGCUGAGCUACCUAAAGGAGAGCAUUUGCAAUAUUUAUAUGAGAAGCUGGCGACAGGGGAAAAUAUAGUCAUUGAAAAAAGAAAAAGCUCAUUCUUAGAUACUUAAAAAUGAAAAACCUUACAUUCUAGAGCAAUCACCAAAAAACCUACAAAAAGAGGUAGGACAUUUGUAACGGACACAUCAGAAUGGCAUAUUUUAAAAUGCUCAUGUAACAUUAAACAAGGCAGUAAAGGGGAAACACAGGAACAAAAAAAUAGAGGUAAAAAGCAGAAAACAAGGUAGAACUAAAUCCAAACAUCAAUAAUUACAGUUUAGUGAAAAUGGUCAAAACAUACCAGAGAAAACCUAGGGAAAGAACCACAAUGUUCUUAGAUGCUGUCUCUAAGAAACUCAUCUCAAAUGAUGCAGGCAGGUUAAAAGUAAAGGAUGGAAAAAAAUAUCUAAAUACUUCCACUACUUAAAGCUGGAAUGGCUAUAUUACCAUCAAACAAAUUUCUCAUGAUAAAAGGUCCAAUUCACUAAGAAGACACAAUCCUACAUGUGUACAUUCCUGAAAACACUUUCAAAAUAUACAAGGCAAACCAAAGGAGAAACACAAACUAAUGCACAGUCUAGCUGGGGACUCAACCUGUUCCUCUAUCGGUGACUGAAUUAGUGCACAGGAAAGUGAGCAAGGCUAUCCAAUUCCAAGGCACCAUUAACUGACUGCAUCCGACACAGAUCACUCCACCCAACAGCAGGCUCUUUCUCAAGCUCCAAUGGCACAUUCACCCCGAUAGAUGGCCGUAUCCCGGGUCAUAAAAACACUUAAAAAGAAAUCAGCCCCUUAUUUAUCUCAAAAGAUAGAUCACUUAUGAAUGCUGAACACAAAGGUAAAAUUAAAAGGAGAGAAAUUAGCACCUGAAAGAAGAAAAUGAAAUGACAAAGGUUUAAGUGUGUUCUAUGAAUUGUUGGAUUUCCUUCAAGUCCAUCAUGUUCUUGCACAGCUAUAUAUGUGGGUUUAAUAAAGUUCCAUUAACAAAUAUUCAUCAACAGUUUGGGAUAUGCUGACGUUUUAUAGAUUAAGGAAGUGAAGGCGGAGAUUUCCCUUAAGUUUAAGUGGAGUCUCUAAGUCAAUUUGCAGAUCAAUGAAACUAACAAUGAUACACAUUAUCACCCUGCUGCACUGACCCCUUCUUUCUAGCUCUGCAGAUAGAGAGCUUUGUCCCAGCUUUUGAUGAAGUCCGCUCCAGACUCUGUGUGAUUGGAGUAGAAAUACAUUUAUCCCAUUUUCCCUAUCUCUCCAAGGAGUUCUACUGCCUGAAUGCAAAGUGAACAGAAAAUCACCACAGAGACCAGUAGAGAGUACAGAUCACUGACUAGCUAGUCAUAACUACAACAGGCCUAAUACACAAACCCAGAAACUUCAUUUUUAAUCUGUAGUUCUAAAAAUUAGUUACACUACAUUAAUAAGUCAUGUAAUCAAGUGUAACUAUAAAUUCACUGACAUUUAAGACCUCAUUUUAGUAGUAUAGCUGAUAAUCCAAGAUGGGGACUCAACGCAUGCCUGUAAACCUUCUUCUGAAUAUAUUAGCACUGUAUAGAUCCACCAUCCAUUUAAUUUUACAUACUGCCAUAUUUUCAUUGUUUUAAGAGAACCUGGCAUAAUAAAUGCCAGGUGAAUGAAUUUAAGGGCUAAGAGCACUAGAAAACACUUGAUUAAAAAAAAAA